AUGCUGCUCGGCUCCCCGGUCCUCGCCGUGAUCAACGAGGCCAUGGGUGCGCGGGUCUCGAUCCAAGCGUACUCCGCCAUCGAGUUAUUUGAGGAGCGGCAUCGCGCGGUCCUGUCCAAGAACAUGGCCGGAAUCAGCGUCCGCUACGCACUAGAGACGUGGGUUACUUUGCGAGUGGAACUCGUUUCCGUCCUGCUACUUGGUGCAACCUGCGCACUGUGCGGUCUAGGAUUGCUUAACUCCGUUCAGGCUGGUCUAAUACGUGUCUCAGACGUGCAUUUCCCACGGGCGAAACACCUGGACACUUUUCUGUGGUCCUUAACUGACCUCGAUGUUGAAAUGAACUCUAUGGAGCGUCUCAAUCAGUACCUGAUGCUGCCUGCCCCAGAGAUCAAUUCUUUUUCCAUGGGACGAGAAAUCGCAUCCUCCUGGCCGGAGAGUGGCAACGUGGUAUUCUCUGGAGUUGAAGUCACGUAUGCUCAAGCUUCGCAACCGUCUCUCUAUGACUUUGAUCUCAUCAUCCCCGCGGGUGCCAAGGUAGGGAUCGUAGGCCCAAGCGUCAAAUAUCGUCCAGCCUCCGGCAAAUCGACCAUCAUCGCGGCAAUAACGGGCCUUGUACCACUCACAGCAGGCACUAUUCAGAUUGAUGAUGUGGACUUGGCGACGGUCUCACUGCGCCAACAUCGACGAUCUGUUCAUGUGCUCGCUCAGGAUGCCGUGCUCUUCGAUAGCACGGUGCGUGAGAAUUUAGAUCCCUCUCGACGCAGCAACGAUGCAGACAUACUUGAGGCAUUGUCAGCAGUGGCAUGGCACCAGAUCGAGGACCAAUUUGACGGCGUUGACCGCCAAAAAGUGCUAGACCAACACAUUUUGGCUGGGGGCACCAAUCUAUCCGCGGGUCAAGCGCAAUUAGUGGCUCUGGCGCAGGCGGUGCUGGCGCGGCCGCGCAUCCUGGUGCUCGAUGAGGCAACAGCAAAUGUUGACCACAGCACGGAUGAGAUAAUCCAGCGAAUCCUGCAGCAGUCCUUCCGGGAUAGUACGCUCCUCUGUGUGGCGCACCGAGCAGCCAGUGUCGCCUGGAUGGAUUAUGUCAUCACCAUGGCGGAUGGCUGCAAAGUAGGGUGA